CGUCUUUAUCGGCAAUCUUCCGUCCGGUGUUAUAAUUCCGACAUUUCUGUGGUAGGCUCAAUUUAUUAUUAGUGUUAACAGUUAGUGCUUUUAAAUAUUAACACAUAAUUUCUUCCACGCCUUUUUAUAAAUUAAUAUACUGUAAUACAAUAUUAAUUGACUGAUUAAUAUCAGUCUGUGCAGCGGAAACAAUGUCCAAAAGAAGAAUCGAAGUGUUAGAUCCUUUUAUAAAAAAGAAAAGGGAAGAACGUGGAAUAAGCACAGCUGUUACUAGUAAUCAAGUAUCAGUAGGAUCUAUUAAUCCAUAUACUGGAUUACCGUAUACUCAGAAAUAUCAUGAGUUAUUCCGAAAGAGGAUAGGUUUACCGGUAUUUGAGUAUCGUGCUGACUUUAUGCGAUUACUUGCUGAACAUCAGUGCAUAGUGCUUGUUGGUGAAACAGGAUCUGGGAAAACAACACAAAUUCCACAGUGGUGUGUAGAAUAUUCAAGAACUGUUGGAACAAAAGGGGUUUGCUGUACUCAACCAAGAAGAGUUGCAGCCAUGUCUGUAGCUCAAAGAGUAUCAGAAGAAAUGGAUGUUGCACUUGGACAAGAAGUUGGUUACAGCAUUCGUUUUGAAGAUUGCUCUUCAGCUAAAACAAUUCUUAAAUAUAUGACUGACGGUAUGCUGCUCAGAGAGGGAAUGAGUGAUCCCAUGUUAGAUGCAUACCAAUGCAUAUUACUAGAUGAAGCUCAUGAACGAACUUUAGCUACUGACAUUCUAAUGGGUGUUUUAAAGGAGGUUAUAAAACAGCGCAAAGAUUUAAAAUUAGUUAUCAUGAGUGCAACUUUGGAUGCAGGUAAAUUUCAGCAGUAUUUUGAUAAUGCUCCAUUAAUGAAUGUACCUGGACGAACCCAUCCUGUGGAAAUAUUUUACACGCCCGAACCUGAGAGGGAUUAUUUAGAAGCCGCUAUAAGAACAGUAAUUCAAAUACACAUGUGUGAAGAAAUAGCAGGAGACAUCUUGUUAUUUUUAACUGGUCAAGAGGAAAUAGAAGUGGCCUGCAAAAGGAUAAAAAGGGAUAUUGAUAACUUGGGUCCAGAAGUGGGGGAACUAAAAUGCAUUCCACUGUAUUCAACACUUCCUCCUAAUCUUCAGCAGCGUAUUUUUGAGGAUCCUCCACCAAACAAACCUAAUGGUGCCAUUGGACGCAAAGUUGUUGUUUCUACAAAUAUUGCAGAAACUUCUCUCACUAUAGAUGGCGUAGUUUUUGUUAUUGAUCCUGGAUUUGCAAAACAAAAGGUGUACAAUCCUAGAAUUAGGGUAGAAUCUCUCUUGGUAUCCCCAAUUAGUAAAGCAUCUGCCCAACAAAGAGCUGGUCGUGCCGGCAGAACUAAACCAGGAAAAUGUUUUCGUUUAUAUACAGAAAAGGCAUACAAAAAUGAAAUGCAGGACAACACAUACCCGGAAAUUUUAAGAUCUAAUUUGGGAUCGGUAGUUCUGCAGUUGAAAAAGUUAGGCAUUGAUGAUUUAGUGCACUUCGAUUUCAUGGAUCCCCCUGCACCUGAAACUCUAAUGAGAGCCUUAGAGUUGCUCAAUUAUUUGGCCGCUUUGGACGACGAUGGCAAUCUCACAGAUCUGGGAGCAGUAAUGGCAGAGUUCCCCUUGGAUCCACAAUUGGCGAAGAUGCUGAUUGCUAGUUGCAACCACAACUGUUCAAAUGAAAUAUUGUCAGUAACGGCAAUGUUGUCAGUCCCACAGUGUUUCGUCAGACCGAAUGAAGCAAAGAAGGCCGCCGAUGACGCCAAGAUGCGCUUCGCCCAUAUCGAUGGGGAUCAUCUCACCCUCCUUAAUGUCUACCACGCCUUUAAACAAAGUAUGGAAGAUCCACAAUGGUGUUAUGACAAUUUUGUCAAUUACCGUUCCUUAAAGUCAGCAGACAACGUCAGACAGCAGCUUUCAAGAAUUAUGGACAGAUUCAACCUGAAGAGAACUUCAACAGAUUUUACAAGCAAAGAUUAUUAUAUUAACAUACGAAAGGCAUUAGUGAAUGGAUUUUUUAUGCAGGUAGCCCAUUUAGAACGUACAGGACAUUAUCUUACAAUUAAGGACAACCAAAUUGUACAACUACAUCCGUCAACUUGUUUAGAUCAUAAACCAGAAUGGGUUAUUUAUAACGAGUUUGUAUUGACAACAAAAAAUUAUAUUAGGACAGUUACAGAUAUCAAACCUGAUUGGCUUUUAAAAAUAGCACCACAGUAUUACGAUCUGAACAAUUUCCCGCAGUGUGAAGCAAAGCGUCAGUUAGAAAUCCUCCAGAACAGAUUAGAAUCCAGGCAGUAUCAACAAGGAUUUUAAAUUUUCUACAAAUAUUAUUUUUGUAAUAUGAUUUGUAACAACUGUUUGAAAAUAAGUGUAUUUAUAUUUGUGCAGUAAUGGUCGCUAUGCAUUUCAUUCCACAAUAAAU